GAAUUCACCACAUCACAUCUCACAACCCACAUUUGGUGACAAACACCUAACUGAACGCACAAGAAGACAGACAAACUCAGCAACAACAUGCAUCGUGAAACAAUACUUUUUCUACUGGUUGUGAUCAUAAUGGGAAACAGCCUCAUGACUGCUGCAUUGGAUCCUAAGCCCACUGAACAGGCCAACCUACCACAGAGGCCUGUCCUUCAGCCCAAAGAGACUGUUCCUGUCACCGGAAACUAUGUGCUGAAAGACCCUACAGGCACGUCGUGCAUCAAAAUCUCCAUGGGAGUUGAGUACGUAGUUAUUGAGAAGAAGAAACCUUCCUAUUUCAACUUAGACCCUACCACCACCAAGACUACUGGUAGAUGUGCUGACAAAGAGUCAGUUCUCUCUCUGGCUUUUCUAGGAAAGGGAGGCGAUCUGAAUCUCACCUUUGAAAAGGAAGGGAACCUGACCUAUGUGUCAAAGAUCACAGGUCAUUUGGCACCAGGCAAAGGAAUUGAGAACUAUUCUGGGGUAAUAGAACAUGAGAAGCUGUUCCCAACUGCCGCUGGCCGCAGCCUCAAGUGCUACUCUCAGACCGAGUUUCAUCUGUCUGAGAACCUUCGAGUGAAGAUUGUGUCUCUUCAGUUCCAAGCUUUCAAACUCACCAAUGGGAAUUUUGGAGAGGAGGUUGAGUGCAGGGCUGAUUUCAUCAAGAAGAUCAUUCCCAUUAUUUUUGGUGCCACGGUUGUGGGGCUCUUGCUGAUUGCUGUCCUGUCCUUCCUGAUAAUCCGGGACCACCACAGACAAGCUGGCUAUGACAGGAUCUGA